GACCAUUUCAAGCAGAGCCACGAGGUCGAGGGCUUCAAGCUAUCGCUGAUCGACAACCCCGACGACCCGACCAGCAAGAUGCAGGUGGUUCUGGUCAACGAUACCGAGCGGCUCGCCGACGACGUCGGCGUCAUCGUUGAGUGCGGCGUCUCGCGCUCCACGACCGAGGACGAGUAUAGGCUGAUGGCGGACAACCAGUUGGUGGCGUCCCAGGGCAAGGGCUUCUUUGCCGAGAUGGUUCGCCCGAGUGGGCAGGAGGAUGCCCAGUGCAAGCGAUGCCGCCUGCAGGACAUCAGCUACGACGCUUGCGUCCCCAGGCCCGUGCUUUCUCCCGCUGGCGAUGGCGAGCCAGCCGACGGCGCGGAAGCCGCCGAGGAUGGCGGUGAUUUGCCACUGUCCCAGGAGGAGCAGCAAGCUAAGCAGCCUGCCAAGUACGGCUACUGGACCAAGCUUACCAAGGGAAGGUGGGGCUUUGUGGCGACUGUGGCCUGUUGCAGAGCCGAUGACGAAGACAAUAAAGAUGACGAGGGCGAUGCCGCUUCCACGGUGUCGGGUGGCGCUGGUGGUCAGCCCAAGCUUGGGGAGAACUUCGAGAGCAUGUUGCAGGAGAAGCUCAGGGCCAUCAAUCUCACCACCAUCGCGAGUGGACAGAACAACCUUGGGCACAAGAGGGCGCGUCUGAAGGCCAGGAGAGACACGUUCAGCGGGUCAUCCAACCAGGUCGAGAUCGAUGCCGCGGGGCUCAUCACGAAGCGCCUCGACUUGGCAGUGUACGCAGAGGACUUGUCGAAACCAGAGUUGCUGCACACGUUGCCUCCAGAUGUGUUCGAGACAAAGAUGACAGCGUUAGUUUCGACGGGCAUGGUGAUACCAGUUUCGCUUGCAGUCGAGAUCGGCAACCGCGCGGCAUCAGCCUUGGGGGCAGAGAUCGCGAGCGGCAACUCGGAUGACAUCGUGGGGUUCUUCAAGAUCGUAUUGCCGACGGCGCUGGUGUCGGUUGAGGGCGAGGAGCAGCUGCAGUGUCCCGAGGGCGAGCUUGGCUUUGAUUGGCGGGACCCGUGCGGGUACCAGAUCCCUGGCGAUGCAGCGGCGAAGGUGGUCAGGUUUGAGAGCGCGACCUUCUCCUAUUUGUUGUGCCCGCUGCUGCGGAGCUGGUCCACGUCACGAACUACAGAGCAGUUCAUCGGCAUGUGUCAGAAGAUCGACCAAGUAUUGAUCAACUCAAUGGGGGAGGACGUCGAUGAGGCGAUUCAGUUGAGCGUGAACUCCGCGGUGGAGUGUUUGCGGGCAGCCCAGUACGUCAUGGACCCCGACCCGUUGAACUUCAAGUUCGCGGCCGACUUCGACGCGCUGUCGGCGGCCGAGCCGCCCUCCGACGGUCAGUGGAAGGGCCUGAGGUUCUACUUCAACGAGCGGAUGUGCGAGACGGCCGCCUUCGCCAACAACGUGGUGUCCAUCAAGAAGACCAAGGUGACCCACCCGCUCAGCGUGGACAAGAUCAGGCUUGCCACGAUGGUCCUUGAGGACCAGGCCGGCCCGAUAGAAGUCAUGCCUAAGCUUGAGGAGCGCAUCAAGAACAUGGCAACGUUGAGGAAGAACUCGCGAGAGGGUGCCACCAAGGUGCUCGAGGUGAAGCUCAUGGCCUACCUGGAGGCGUUGGCUGUCAAGGUGUUGAAAUCUGUGCAGCGGUUUUUGGGGAUCGCGCAGGACUGCGGUUGUUUCAGGCUUACCCCGACCAUCACCAGUGCCAUUGAGUCUUGCAAAGAGAUCGGGCGUCUCAUGUGCGUCGAGGUGUCCAAAGCAGGAUUCGGCAGCAUCAUCAGUUCGAUACGGCCCGAAGAGUUGAUGAACCAAGAGCCCAGGGAUAGUUUCAUCGGAAAGGUUACCGAUAUCAUGCGCGUGGCAGAUCUAGAGAAUCCAUUCCCAGCGAACGUCCAGGAGGCAGCAGUCAAUCUCUUGCAGGGCGUGUACCAGAAGAUGAUCGACAAUGCAGAUAACCUUUCAGACGAUACGGUCGGCCUCGUCGGACACGUGAUGCAGCUAUUGCACCCGAGCUCUACCCAGGGGCGUGACUGGAGUGUUGCGCACCGCUUGCUGGGCACAAUCGUUGAGACGAAGACGGCCCAUCGCAAGUACAUCGCGUCUGGUGCUGACCUCGCAGCUCGGAUCGCCAACGGUGACCCCGACGGCAUGGCGUUGAAGCUCCUUUACAGCAGUCGCAAGGCGAUCGAGGCGCAGUUCAGGCAGCUCCCACCGUCCUUCCAGCAAGCAGACUUGAUCACGGACCUUCUGACGAUCACCGAGCAGACGAUCAAGGCCGAUGCCCUCGAGCGCUACCUCCUUGCGAAGGCCGCCGCCAACGCGGUGUGGACUAAGCCAUUCGACGACGGCGACGAGAACCAGAGGAGCCUUGAGACGGCUCACGGCGGCACCUUCGACGGCUCGGAUUGGCGUGGCUUGCUUGUCGGCGAUAACACGUUCGCGGCCCUCCACAAGCAUGCGCAGAAGACGCUCCUCACGCUGAACCCAGCGAAAUUCAAGCAGCAGGCGAAUGAGUUCAAGGCGGCUUUCGACAAGGCCAAGACAGAACGGGAAGCUUUCGACACGAGCCCAGACACUGCGUGGGAAGCCGCGCUCGAGGUCAAGCUGAAGAAGGCGUUCACGACCAGUAAGGAAGCGACGAUCAUCGGCGUUAUGGCAUUGUUGAAGGACAAGAACAAGCUGCAGCAGAAAUGUCGCUCGGAGCGUAACUCAGGCAACAGCAGCAAGCCCAACAGCUACCAGGACGCGCACCCAUGGGUCAAGAAGCACGUGGAGGACGCCAUCAACUUGAUGCCCUUGCAGGGCUAG